AUGGGAUGCGGGAAAAGUCUCGAUUCCCAUUUUCUCUCAUUCAAUUCAAAAAGCGGUCCGCAACUCUUCACAAUUCUUUUUCCUGAAAUGUUGCCUAUACCGCUGCUCAGCUGCCUUUCCAUUCUUAUCUUUUCUUUGAUCAGUCAACCAAUCGUUGUUUCAGCUUAUCCAAAUAACAGACAAAACGAAUUGCGACAAAAGAAAUGGUACAACUGGAAUGGAGCUGAUAUGGAAAUGCAAAAGAAAUGGUACGAUUGGCAAGGGAUGAAUGCAGAGAAGCGAGAAGAGAAACGAGGGUUAAACGCAUAUCAGGAAGCGAUUCCAAUUCUCCCGAUGAAUCUGGAUCAAUUCGCGCUCUUUGAGGAGAAUUUGAGACGAUUG